UCUGUAUCUAGGACGCUUGUUGCUACAUGCCCAAGCAAGGUGUUCGGUUCGAUUUGACAGAGGUAUAUUGGGUGGUGUAGUUCCUGUCUACCAACAUCAUGACUGCAGGCUCUAUCAUUGUACCAACCAUCAUCCCUCUGCGGGCACCGGUGCCAGGGAGGUCCAAACUCUCCAUAGACUCUGCUACCAAAAUAGAAGUGAGAACAGAGACAAGAGAUACUGACAUUCAUUACACAAUCAAUGGCACCAGACCCAACCCCUUCCAGAAGAUGGGUGAGAAGUGUACGAUGCAGUACCGGGGACCUUUCACACUUCCUCCAGGGAAACAGACAGUGAAGGCAGUAGCUGUGUCCAGGGAUGGGUUGAGAGAGAGCAGUGUAGUUACAAAGGUAUUUGACGUGGAAUAUGUUCCCCCACCUGCCCUGGAGCCUACUGAUGAUGACCUUGGCUUUCAAGAACAGUGGGAGAAGGAGCAAUCAAAGCUUGAUUUGAAGCGAGCAACAACAAAGUUGGCAACUUCAUCACGUUCUGCCUGGACAGACGUCUCCUCCAUGAAGCAGACACAGCAAAUGAUGGCUGAUAUGUCAGUUGGAGGAAGCUCACACAGACGUCCUGGGACUGGACCCAGAUUUCUCAACUCUCGUCGAGGAAAUAUGUCUGAAAGAGGAACAGUGACAUUUGACCACUCAGGAGAAUAUGGAGGCUCUGAUACCCGUCGGUCUGAGAGACGUCUGCCAGACAACACCACUCAGGCCAUGAGGCUACAGAGGGAAACAGACUUCCUCAAGUGUAUGUACUGUUUUGCUGAUCGUCCAUCUGACCCAUAUGCAAGGUUCUGUACAACUUGUGGUCAGCCUGUCCCUCCCAUCCCACAGACACACAGAAUUGCACCCCCUGAGCCUGGACAGAUGGGAAUGUGUGUGUACUGCAAGUCCAUGGUGCCUUUCAACACUGAGACGUGUGUGGUGUGUGAGGGUCCAAUACCUGUCCAAAACCGCCCCCAGGCCAGCGUCAAGCUGUCUGACCGUCUCAUCUGCACACUGUGUGGUACAGCCAACCCCAGCAACCUUGUGCUGUGUAUAACAUGUGACAGCAGGCUGCCUACCACAGCACAGCAGAAUGCCAUCCUGAGUGGAAGAUCAGCCCCUCCGAUCGUCAACCCGGACAAGCGUCAUGUCACAUGUAACAAGUGUGGCCGUGUCAACAAUGGAGAUGCCAGAUUCUGUGACUGGUGCGGCACAAAGCCAAGCCAGCCAACAAGUGCCAUGGUAUGCUCCCAGUGCCAUGCCAACAACCACCCUUACAGCACUUUCUGUGGGUCAUGUGGUGUCAAAAUGGAUGCCCCAGUCAGGACAGAGUACAGAAAGAACCCUGCUGGCGGAUCAGGCGAUUCCAAGUGGCUGCCAGUGAGUUUCCCUGUGGCCAACACACCCAAGCCGAUGACCACUGUGGCCUGUCAGACUGUGGGACUGUUCUACCCAUCCCAACGGGGAAUGGAGAAACAGAAGGAGAUUGAGGAGGAGAAAGCUGCCUUGGAGAAGCAGAUGAGAGACAGACGGCCAUUGCUCACUGCCAUCAGCCCAGGCAGAGGUUACUGGCGUAGGCAGAUUGAGCACAUCUGCAUGCACCUGAAAGCUCAUGCCCAGAAUGAUGCUGAGUUCCGUGCUCUCAUUGGAGAACCCAAGAUGGGCAAGCUGAUCACAAGUGCCAUCCAAGAAGACGGCUAUGAGUUGAGCCUGAAUCUGACGUUUGCUCUGAGGGGAAAUAAAGACCCAUUUGUGGGGAAGAAGCUUGGGGUUUCUCACCAGGGCUACCUGAGUAUGCACACUGACAGGGACAGCAUCAACAGCUACAACAUGGAAUCAGAAGACAGUGGAGAGGACACAGCCAGGACAACCAACAACAAGAAGUCAACUAAGAAAGCAAAAGCUAAGAAGAAAAAUACUGGACCUAAACUCUCACCCAUUAACUCCAAACUGAUGAAGGAGAUAGGAGCUCAUGGUGAUGGUUCCCCCAGUGAAGUGCAGCAACUCUUGGAUGAGGGAGCUGACCCAAGCUGUGUUAACAAGAAUGGUCUUCCUGCGCUUCAUGUGGCAUCCAAGAAUCGGCACCUAGACUGUAUCCCAGUCCUGGUUGAUGCAGGGGCUGAUGUCAACAGGAAGGGGCCUUCAACAAUAAAAGGCAACACCGCUCUCCAUGAAUCUGUGAACCUUGGACCCUCUGGUCUCAAAGUCAUCGAUACACUGCUAGACCUUGGAGCAGAUCAGGCCAUAAAGAAUGAGAGAGGAGAAACACCAUAUGAUCUCGCAGCAAAAGCUGGCUAUGACUCGAUCAUCACAAAGUUUGCCUCGGCCCUUGGUCAGUCGCAGCUACAUAAGAUGACCAAGCCUAGAACAAGUUAAUCUGACUGGCUGACCACAGUUGCUGACCACAGUUGCUGUACACAGUGUUGCCUAGAUGUCCUGUACCUCAACCCUGAACCAUUGAACCUAGUUGAUGCCUUAUUACCAAGUGCCAGUCGAAGGAAAUGCCCAUGAAAAACGCUUGUGCAGCAUUUAUCAGAUUUUAUGUUUAUUUGUUUUCAUUCACAAAUUUGUUUGGUUUCAUUAUUGAUAAUCUUGACUGGUAUUUUCUCGCAUUGGAAGCAUCAUGAUCUUGAUUCUUACAAAGUCUUGGAAAAUUAUUUCUCAUGGACUUUGGCUGAAGAUAGUGACUUCAGAUCUCAGGCAGUGAAACUUUGUUUGAGUGGAUUAAUAAUUUGUGAACAUGGAGAAUGUGGAAAAGUGUUUCGUCAUGAUAUCCAUUUGUUUUACUGAAGAUAUCAAGUAUUUUAAUAGAUCAUGUAUUUGCUGACUGGCAGUGCCUAAGAACCAGGAUUUGUUUUUCCUUUAAGCCUUAGAUUUAGUGGUAGAUUUACAUGGUUAAUAUAUUUGUAAAUAAUAUGAUGACAGCUAUCACAUUUUACCUAUGAAAAGCUAUAGGAGCAGGCACAAUGACUUCACCUGCCAGUGAAGGUGAUUAUCAGAUUCAAGACUUGUGCUUCUAUGUUAUGCUGGUCAUUACCUGACAAUACUGCCACCUCAGCAUAAUUGUAUAUAACACUUCAUGUUGUAUUUAUAAUUAUUAGACUUCACAUGUUGCAAGUAUGGAUUUAGAAACUCUUGUUUAUUUAUAUUUGUCAGAAAAGAUGCAUUGUUCACUAUGUAAAUGUUACAUGCUUCAGAGGAUGUUAUUGGUUCAAAUUUAAAACUCUUGUAGUAUCCUAGUGUUGUGGAACUCCGUCCUGUGUGUCUACUAUUGCCUAUCUGUGAUAUUUAGUAUGUGAAAACUUACGUUCCUGUCAUGACUAGCCUUCAAACUACAGUAUAUUUACAUGCUUUUAUCUUAGAAUCCUGUAGUUGUUUAGCAGAUAACAUGAAAUAAACCUUUUCUAGCA